AUGCCUCGAGUGGCCCAAGUACCGCGCGCAAACAGCCGCGCAGGCAGUGUCAGAGCGACCUCCGGGUCCAUGAACACAUCGCCCUUCAAGAACUCACCCGUCAAAAUCCCCCUCAACGAUGAUGCGGGAGAAAAGGCGCGACGAGCGCAAUCCCGCCACGCAUUCCAUGAGCGCCAGCGCAACGAACUCAAGGCUGCCGCCGCGACACCUCUGCGCAGAGGCAACGGCAGCUUAGAAGAUAUCGAGAAUGACACACCGGGCUCGAACCCCAAGACACCCCACGCCCGCGGCAGCCGAGGCAGGCAAGUCAUUGACGACGACGACGAUGAAGGCUUUGUAGUCAGCGGAAGCGCGGUCACGCCUAUGAAACGGGUCCCGAUUCUUGCCAACUUUGAGGAGUGGAUGAAGAUGGCCACGGACAACAAGAUCAACGCAAACAACUCUUGGAACUUCGCCCUGAUCGACUACUUCCACGAUAUGUCACUUCUCAAGGAGGGUGACGGAGUCAACUUCCAGAAAGCUAGUUGUACGCUAGAUGGCUGCGUCAAGAUUUACACAAGCAGAGUCGACAGUGUCGCAACCGAAACCGGAAAGCUACUGAGUGGUCUUGCGGACAGUAACAACAAGAAGAAAGGCAAGGAGGGUGACGAAGUCGAGGGCGAAGAGAGCGAGGAGGAAGUCGACGAAGACGGCAACGUCAGGAAGAAGCCGAAGCGCAAGACACAACGAUCCUCCGAGGCGACCCUCGCGCCCAACUUCUCCUCGCUUCAACUCAAGAAGUUUGAACUAGAAUUCGCCGUGGACCCCCUUUUCAAGAAAACCUCCGCAGAUUUCGAUGAAGGUGGCGCCAAGGGCUUGCUAUUGAACCACCUCAUGAUUGACGCCCAAGGACGCAUUGUCUUCGACAGCAGUGACGAAGUUGGUGACGCACACACCUCAAAGACCCGAAAGAAGAACGAAGACGCCGACGAUGAGGACGACGAGAACACAGAGAUGCAGGAUGCUUCGGCGGUACAAGAGGAGCCUGAGCAGGAGAACGCCGAAGAUGUUGAGAUCGACCUGGGAGCCCUCGGCGUCAAGUUCUUUUCCGAUCUUGGUCGUCUCGACGAGCUUGACGUCUGUCCGUCAUUGAAGAACUUCGACCUCGGGGAUCCUUCUGGUUCCAUGGACAUUCCUUUCCUCAGAGCGCCGGAAGAUUGGAGAGGCGACCAGGACAAGGACAAGCACCCAGACUCGCUGGGCGACAACUCUGGCAUGUUCAUUGACGGCGACAACGCUGCUGGCUUCGACGAUGACGACCUUGGACUGGGUGGCUUUGAGCUUGGCGCCGACGUGGCUUUUGGUGAGGGUGGUGAGGCUUGGGCCAGGGAAGCCGCCCUUGAGCCCCAAAUGCGGGUCUACGAUGCUGGCCUAGGCGAGGAGGCUGGCGAUGGUGACGGAGUCGAGAUGAUGGACCCUGACAAUGGGGAUUUUGUCGUGUCCAUGUCUCACACUAAGAGCGCCGACAAGAUGCACGAAGACAUUCUCGGGUAUUUCGACCAAGCGCUGCAGAAGAACUGGUCAAGUGCCGAGCACUGGAGAAUCCGAAAGAUCAAGGACGUCAACAAGCCGGCUGGUCCUGCCAGGGUACGCAAGGAGAAGGAGCCUUUCGAGAUUGACUUCUCAGCGCCCCUCGACCAAGCCUUGGCCGACGUCUUGUACACUCAAGCGUCAAGCAACUCCGCCGUCUCUAUGCCCAAGAAGGACUGGAAGUCAAAGUCCCGCAAUCUGCUGCCUGAUGAUAAGCACUUCAACUCAAAAUCACUUCUCAACCUUUUCCUCAAGCCUAAGGCACGCCUUGGCAGGAGACGAAUCCUCGGAAACAGGGGCGGCAUGUUCGGCAAUGCCGGACAAGAUAGAGAUGUUCCAGAAGGGGAGAUGGACGAGGCGUUCUGGGCAAACCAGAAGGCCCCUGUCAAGAGCGAGGACGAGCCGCUGCCAGAGGGAGAUUACGAUGCAAACUUCUUCCAGGACGAUGCUCUUCCGUUUGCCGGUGGCUUGGAUGACGACGACGACGAGUUUGCGGAUGCCCGGGAGCACUUGUCGCCCGGCGCCGAAGGCGACGUCGGAGCCACAGAAGCUCUUGGCAUGACGGCCUUGCUUGGCGGCGACGCAACCACCAAUGCUCUGACGGGCGCUUUUGGAACGACUCUGGUUACUCAAACCCGUCGCUUGCGGCCAGAUUAUGUGCAGUUCGCGCGUGUUGCUAAGAAGGUGGAUGUGAGGCGUCUGAAGGAGGAGAUCUGGAAGGGCAUGGGUCUUGAGGGCCUGGAUAGCGAUUCCACAAGACUUCCUUCGCCUGAUGCCCCAGCGCCACCGCAAGAGCCGCCCGCGAAGGAUACCGAACUCAAGUUCACCGAGGUCAUGAAUGGUCUCGGCUCGGUGUAUCCCAAGGCGAUGAUGGAGGACAUCUCGACAAGUUUCUGCUUCAUCAGUCUGCUGCAUCUCGCCAACGAGAAGGGUCUCGUUAUCGAGAAGACACCCGAGCUCACGGAGCUGAACAUCCGCAAGGAUUGGACGGCCGAGAUCGUCGGAGGGGAGUAA